CUUCCUGGCUGAUUAUAGUGAUAAUGGAGUUUGAUGGAAUUACAGAAAGAUAAAAACAAAAAAGAAAAAAAUAAUUGGGCAGUGGAUUUGUUGGAUUCAGGUAAGUUUCACAUAUUAGCAAUUACUUGACAAUAAUUCAUGAUUAAGUAUGAACAUUAUUGAAAUUACUGACCACUGAGUGAGUCCACUGUCGACUCUGAGAGUGAGUGUCACUCACAAUGGGCAUGGGAGUGUCUCAGUGUGAGUGCUACUCACCCACUCACCCUGACACUGACUGAUGCCUGAACUGACAUCAUUUACUUUAAAACUGGCUUGUCACUGUCAUAAAUUAGUUAUAAACUUGUAAUUGGGUCAUGCAACCAAGAUGGCAGCCGUGUAAGAAUCAAGAUUACUAGGUUAUAAUUAAGCACUAAGUAUGCAUAGUGCCUAAAUGUCGACUAAAUGAAAGUCUCUCUACUGACCACCACUGAGCCACUGACUGAACUGACAUUCAUUUAUUUUUCAUACUGACUUGUCACAUUGUCAUAAAUUAGUUAUAAACUUAUAGUUGGGUCAUGCAACAAAGAUGACGGGGCAAUCCUCCGAAGUCCGGUCCCAAAUUAUUUCCAAUGAUUGCUCCUUACUUAAAAGUCUUAGGCAUCAUUCAUGUUUGUGGUUUUGGACGAUGUUGGAUGGAUGUUUUUGGCCAUCGAGAUGCACAAACACUCGAGCGCAUUAUCACUAAUCAUGUGUUGCCAGGGACAACUAUCGUCCCGGGCGCUUGGUGAGGAUAUCAACAUGUCGGUCAGCUCAACAACAGGAUUUAUGCUCACGCUGUCACUGUGCACGCGCGUGAAUUUGUUGUCCCAGUAGACAGUAGACCAGGACAUUCACAAAUAAACUAUUGAAGGACUUUGGAUGCAACGUAAACUCAGCGUAAGGAGCGUAAACUCCGCGUAAACUCCGCUAUUAGAGUGGUACUAGUCGCGGUCUUUUUGCCAGCUACUGGGGGCCUGUCAGUGGCGCAACAGCCACAAGCAGAACUUUUUUCGGCUUCUAUUUGCAAAUGCUAUGCGCCAAUUACAAUAUUUAGUAUUUACCCAAUGGUUUGUAAAGUGACAGUUAUUUGUAAAAACUAUGACUGACAUUUCUGCUUUUUUUAACAAUACGCACUGUGGAUUGCAAUUUUUUUCAUAUGAAAUAAUAAACCUAACCAGACCAUAACCCUAAAACCCUCAAGUAAAAAGAUGUGUGUUGCUGCAGUUACACAUUGGUAAGAAAACUGUAAAAAUCAGGAAAAACAAUAAAAAACAAUUGUAAAAUAAUGAAAAUACAACUUACAGUUACAGCUUCAUAGAAGCUUUUUCACACUUUGAAAAACUUUAUUUCAGGUUCCACCAAGAAAAACAAAAAAAUCCAAAAGUUUUAGAAAAUCAAUAAAAUACAAUAAUUUAACCCAUUUUCCAAAAUGCCAGAAAAUUUAAAUAUUAUAACCAACUGUAACGGACUAUGUUGUCACAAGAAAACAGAGAGGUAGCAUGAGUGAACAGUGAAUUGUGUUGACCAUAUUUUUCCAUGAGGAGAGUGUAUUUGUAUUUUUGAGAAGCAAAUGUGAGCUCCACGUUUUUGGAGAGUAAAUUAUGUUUUUGUCAAAGCGGUCGUUUCCACGCUUUGCUGGUAAUAAAAGGGGCAGUUGAUUAAGAGAGCAGGAGAGUCAGAGUUAGAAGAGUUGAGUUAGAGUUGAGAUAUAGUACAGUUGAGCUGAGUUAUAGCAGUGUGAGGACAUGUCUUUCUGAGUGAUGGAAUAUUAUAUAUAUAUAUGUGAAAUGAUUACAUUCAUGCAAGUAUUAUUAUUUAUAUUAUCAGUGUAAACUGUGAUUCAAUAAAGUACUGUAAGUUUAACCAGGAUUCAGUAUUCUUAUUUGCGUGCCUGGAUAAUAAGUGGAAGAAUGAAGAAGUCUUAGCCGGCAUCCUGAAUUAUUAACAUAAAACAAGUGACCAUGCUACUGACAUAACCCACUAAGUUAUAAUGAUGUCAGAACAUGAGUUACACCAACCAAUGAAAUUUUAAAAUUAUAAAUAAACAAUCAAAGAAAUUUUAAAUUUAUAAUUAACCAACCAAUACAAUUUUAAUUUAAAAUUAAAACAACACUCCAUCAUCGUAUUAAGGAAAAGUUAACUCAAGUAACAACAAGAAGAUCAACAAAAGUGAGAGAAUCCUACACAGAACCAAGCCAUGGCGCUGAUUGCAUAAAUUGACCUUCAAUUGUCAACUUAUAUAUAAUGAUAAGUCAUUGAGUGUCGACCGAGUGCCACUGAUAUAAUUCAUUCUCAUACUGAAUUGUGACUGUCAUAAAUUAGUCAUUAAUAUUAAUUAUAUUAAUAUAUUAUAAUGACAUAAAUGUAUGAUUGAGUUUUGAGUCUUAUUACUAAUUACAGAUUGAGUCUACACUUCUAGGACAUGUCUCGCGUAGUCUGCUCUAGUUGAAAAAAGACUACUGAGAUAUCUGAUCAUCAAAAUAAAUUUAUGAUAGGCACUUUGAUAUCGCUCGACAAACUGAGAGUCUAGUUGUUAAGGAUUUUUUGCUAAUUAUUGCCCAGCAAGCACAUUCUGUUUCUGCCCAUAUCUUAGACAUAUUGUUUUAUCCUUAGACACUUUUGUUUUUAAAAAUAAUUUGAGGUUUUAACUUUGAAAAUUGAAGGUAUAAUAAUGCUUACUAAAAUCAAUCAUAUUUUUGUGUGGAAAAGGUGUCUUUCUUAAAUGAAAAGUCGUCCAUAGAUAGCUGCAUGAAUUACAACAUAUCAAAAAUUCAUCAAGUUAGGACCCAGAUCAUUGAUGAAAAAGCGCAUAACAAAUUUUUGUCACAGGUGUGGCAAAAUGACCUAUUAUCGAUAAAUGAAUUUUUUUCUAGUAAGUAACUUGAUUUAAACUGGAAAUCCGGCUUAUUACCCCUUAAUAACUCAAUUACAAACAAAUAUUUUAUAACAUAAAUACAUGCUUUUAACAUGAUUUGAUGCUUUUAUUGAAGGGUAUUGACAUGGGGAGUGGGUUAAAUAGCCCUUAUUAGCCUCAUUAUUAUUAAAAUUAAUAUAUUAAAUAAAAUAGUUAUAUAUAUAUCAUAUUCAUAUAUCACAUAUAUAUAAAAGUGAAAGUUUGUGGUGGUGUUUGUGUGUGGGUUUGUUCCACAAAGGCUUUUACAUGGGUUGAUGGAUCUUGACCAAACUUGGCAAAUAUAUCCAUCAUGAUCCAGAAGGAAUUCUUAAGGGGUUAUGAAGUUUUUAUAGCAUUCCGUUUGGGGCUGGGGGCCCAAAAUGUUGUUUUUUCCUAUAUGAGCUCUAUAAAAAUAAUUAGAAACAAAUACUCCUACAUGAAUGGAUGGAUCUUGACCAAACUUAGAACACAUACUCUUUAUUAACGAUGCUAAAAAAUCAAAGGUUACUGAUCUCAUAGGGCGGGGGGCCCCGUUUAAUUUUUUCGUAUAUAAGCCAUAUAAAUAUCAGUAGGCUUAGACAAAACUAUAGUUUUUAUGUGAAUUUAUGGAUAUAGGCCUAGAUUUGUAGCAAUAUCCUUCAUUGUCUGUAUUGAAUUAUCAGUGGAUUUAAAACAAAUAAUAUCCAUUCUAGAAUUUUCCAGAAAAUUUCAUUAUUUAAAAAAGCUAUAUCUAUGGCAUUUUUUAGUAGAUUUUAAUGGGACCAAUUUUAAAAUUUAACUCUAUUAUUUAUCCGUCUGAUAUUUGUAGGGCCCCCUAUCGUAGGCAUAACUAAAUCGGUACAUUUGUGGAAUAAGCCCCCGGGGCCCCUUGAUUAACUUAAAAGAAAAAGGAUUAUAAUUAUGGCAUUUGUUGAAGAUUUUUACCGCAUUCAAAAAAUAAUUAGAAAAGUAGUUUUUAAACAUGUUUCGAGCAGGUUAUUAAAUUAAAUCUAGAAUGUUCCAGAAAGUUCUUAAUUGUUCCAAGGGGAUAUAUAUUGGGAUCUAAGGGAUAAUGAAAUUUUAGUUAGUUCUAUUCAUUUCUAUACUGUCCCAAAGUUUACUGUUAUGUCAGUAACUGAGUAAUUUUUUUGUUACACGUGAUCCCAAAGGGGUCGGGAUCCCAUCAUAAUCUUUAUCCCAAAGGGAUCAGGAUCCCACCACCAUAAAUCAUAAAACGGGAUCCCACCUGGAUCGGGAUCCUAACCUUGAAUGGAUCCACCGGGAAACAGGACUGCCCCGGGAUUGAUAUCAGAAUGGGAUUGGGGUCCCAAUGGGAUCGGGGGUCACUCAAGGAUUGGGUCCUAAUGCAAUCCUGGGCCAUGCAGGGUAUAUCCGCUAGUAUAUAAUAUAUAUAUAUAUAUUAUAUAUAUGUCAUCCUUCCGUCUUCGCGAGAUGAUGGAGUAGCUAUGUACUCUUCAACCAAGGGCUUACUAGGCCAAUCCUGGAAUGGCAAUCUCGGCUGCAUUUUCUGUAGUAGACUAUUGACUCCUGGUUAGAUUUGAACUUUCGUUUUGUUCUUUUUGUUGCAAGGGCUUUGUUUCGCGCAUCUUCUUCCUUUUUUGCACCUUCAUUCACAGCUGUUCGUCAGCUGGAACGUUUUCAGCAAUGAUCUCCCACACGCAAGCAAGUGGUCAUAAUUAGAUCUGGGACAAGUUACUGUAAACAGUUAGUGGAGACCGUAACCUUGACCAAAGCAGCGACCACCAGAUGUCAGGUUGAAACCUUGACCAAAUUUAUGAACACUCCUGAACCAAUCUCAUGCAAGUUGUUAUGUUUUGAGGAGGAGAGGAGGUCACAGUUUUUGGCUGUUCCUGAAUUGAACUCAGAUAUUUGUGAAAAUUGCAAAGAAGAUGUUAAAGACUGCCUGAAGGGCACAGAUUGUGAAGUAUUUCCGCCCAGAGACGAUGGAAAUAUCAACUUCACAAUAAAUGAUUUGUCUGAAAAUAAUAUUUCUGAUAAUGUAAAAUAUGUUUUUCUUUCCAACUAUAAUGAUUGCAACAAAGGAGAAAUGACAUCAGAUCAAAGGAAGGCAAAACUGUCUUUAUGUAGACAAGACGUGUUUGAUGACUACGUGACUACUGGGCCAUGUAGGUCAGACAUGAGAAGAGAGAGUGGGUUUAAUAACCUUUUAAAACAAGGGGAUCCACGAAACAUUCCACCGUCUUAUAUUACAUGUAAACAUCGACAGGGCUAUUUAUGGCUGUCCACAAUAGCUCAGACAUUGACAAUUUUUUUUUCAUUCUUUUUUUCACUUCCGCAUUAUUAAAGAUUUUUCAAAUUCAGUUUUGUAAAGAUUCUAAUGUGGGUGACAAUGUAUUGAAUUGAAUGCUCCAUUUAAUUUUAGGUUAACAUUGAGUUGAUAGAGGCAGUAACUAAUUUACCUCUUACUUUGUACGUUUCAUUAGAGGUGUCAUCAUUCUAUAAUGUAUAGCCAUGAAAAUACAGUAGUGUUGACCUGAAAUUUAUGAAUGUGAUAUAGUGUUAUAAUUGAGACAUUUCAUAAUACUUUUUUUCCCAAUAAUAUCAAUAUGGUUUUAAAGCUCUUAUUGGAAUGUCAGGUUGACCAUAACAUACACACAAAAUGACUGUUUUUUUUAAAACUCGCAACAUUGGGUUUCACUUAACGUCACUCGUGAGGGGGGUCGUGUCAUGGCCAUAUCGCGUGAUUAUGUUAUGUGUUUGUUUUGCUAAUAUUGUCAUUUAGCGAUGAUUUUGUCCUUUUGGAACUUCCUAUAUAUUUCGCACCACUUUGACUCCGUCAUAAAUGCGCUAUGAUGCAUUUCCGGUGGUGCGAUAUAUUGGUUAUGAGGAAUAAGAUUGAUAUGGAGAUCAAGAUGCUUUUGUUUUAAAAUAAUGAGUGAGUGGUUUGUUGAGCUGGGUGCAGGAAUAUCCAUUCUUUCAAAUGUGAACACUAUUGUUACUAGUUACUUUAUUGUGCGCUGUGUCUUAACACAUCAUAUAAAUGAUUAAAGGAUACCUUUUUUAUCAAACCAUCUCGUCAAGUUAUUUGAAGCGAGAAAGAAAACAGAGUUUAGACUCUGAUCUGAUAUUGUUUUCUGUGGCCGUUGGGAGAGGGACCUACCCCUAGACGACAUAUCGCCACACAAGUAUUAUAAAAUUUAUCAAAGGGAUAAAAUUUUCGUAUAAAUGGUGUAAAAUAGCAUAGUAAAAGGUCAUAUUAUUUUUCAUAUAAGCCCGGGCUAGGACUUAGGGUAAACCUUGUGUUGUUUCUUUUAUUCCCAAAGUACACAUUGCGCUGGAAGUUGAAGUCAAUUGAUCGUGACUAUCAUUGUCUAUUUGCUUUAUGUCAAUCCUUUUUCAAAACAAAAUAAUAUUAAUUAUCCUUUCAAUCAUUUCCAUCAUGCCUGCACAACUCAAAAUGUAAGGCAGGCCUUAAUACUAUAUGAAGAACUUGAGCUGGCCAAAAGAUAAUAGGAUGGGGGGGAAAACUAUUAAGAGAAUAAUAAUAAUGAAGCAUAUUUUGUUACUUCUCGGUCUGCAAAGUGGGUUCAGGUUGAUUUACAUUAUCAUAAACUUGCUCUGGUUUGAGUCCUUUAGAAUAGCAAUUUUUGUAUUUUCUUCAUCCCUAUUCAUAAAAAAAAAAUUACUAAAACACAAAAUAAUGCACCCUUGAGCACGGCCAUUACUGAGUGACCUUUCGCAAGUCACAUGAUAAACCCUGAUUUGAGUAUUUAUAACACAUUUCAUAUCUCGGGUUGAUCUAGGGUAAAGUAUGGCAGACCGAAAUAUGGAUCUAGCAGGGUGUGGAAUUUCAAUGCUGACACUGGUUCAAAGAGUUAAUGAAUAUUAUCAUAUAAAUUAAGUAAGACAUGUAAUGUAAAAAAUAUUCAUUUAAAUUUGAUAUUGAAAUAUCCUAUAUUUAAUUACAUAUCACAAUAAUAUUCCAAAAGAGAAUUAUUAUAUUAUCCUCAGUAUUUUCAAAGAAAAAUACACUUGCUGUCACAAUAAUCCAAGAACUACUUAAAAUAUUUCUAAAGAACAAUCAUAAAAACUUGUACACACCUCAAGCAAAUGACUAGAACCUAUUUUAAAUUCUAUCAACCUCCAAAGCUAAUUCUAACAAUACAUGUUGAUUUGUGAAACAAGAUUACUAGCUUAAAAUAAAUGACAUACUAAUUUUUUUUGUCAUAUUCAAAUGGGACUAAUAUAUUAUAUUUAUAUAUAUAUAUAUAUAUAUAUAUAUAUAUACAUAUACAUAAAAGGUAAAAUAAAAAGUAUAAUUAUCAAUUUUAACUAAAUGAAUGAAAUAAUCCGUGUAUUAUUUGUUUAUUCUUAAAAAUGUUAAAAAAUUCCACAGAAAUUUGUAAUUAAUAUCUAAAGAAUGUUGUUAUUAUUGUUGGGAAAUGUAAAAAGCUUUUAAAAAGAUAAUAACCAAAUACAAAUAAGUGAAGAGCCUGCAUAUUUUAUAUAAAAUAUUUUAAUAAGUAAAAUUUAAAUUGAAAAAAAAAAUUAUGUGUGGAAAAUUAAAUAAACAACUUAUAUUUUGUGGCUUUAUUUAGUAGAAUUCAUAUUUAACUAUGUUUCCUGUAAAUAUUAUAUUUUGGUCUCAUUUUAUUAUAAAGUUAUGGGCGUAAUAAUAAAGCAAAAUAAGGGUCAUGAAAAGUGGAGGAAAAAGGCAUAGUGAAAAAGUGGUUUUGUGGUCCUUCCUAAAAAAAAAAUUCAUACCAUUUGAGCUCGAUCUUGUGGCACAGGGCUGAGCUAGAAAGUUGAUCUUGGGGUUUUUGUUAUCCAUUUUCUAUGCUCUAUAGAGCUGUGUUAUUUUUAUAUUUUUCAAAAUGUUUUGAAAUUUUCAUCACAGUGCCUAAUGAACAAAUCAUAAAACUUUUGUAUUAUGCUUUUGCAAUUUAAUAUAGUUGGACGUCCAAGAAGGGUUCAAGGGAAAAACCAGUGAUGUCAGCUUUUUUUCGAAAUUUGCAAGUUAUCUCCGGUGUGGCUAAAUUCAAUUCAAUAGAAUAAUAUGACACAUAAGCCCAACUGAAAAAGCAGCAUAGUCAAUAAAUAAAUAUUUAGACAUUUUGACACUUUCAUGAGGAAUUUUUAAACUUUAUUAUCAAUUUUUUUCAAAACCUGGCAUCACUGGUUUUUCCCUUGAACCCUCAAAUAGAAAUUACUACACUUAGUACUUAACACAGACUCCAUCAGAGCGUGCUAAGACAAACUGUUUCACAAAAUUGUCAAUGUGGAGAAAAUAACCCAAAUUUUGCCAAAUGAACUCUAAUAUUACUUAACAAAAGCACAAAUAACAUAGCCUACUAUUUAUGAAGUUAUUUAUAUUAGCUAAUUAGGCUUAGGAACUAUCUACGCCGUGUCUUAUUUAUUGUGAUUUUACAUGUUUGAGACAGGGUUGAUGUUUGCCAGUAAUGUGGUUUGUCAUGGAACAGGCUCAAGAAAAAUAUAGACUCUCUGAUAGAUUGAUCCGUGCAAUCAGCAACUGGAAGCUGAGCGAUUUUGAUGAUGAUGUUCAUGCACUUAUUGAAUCAGGUUGGAGUUUGUUGCUUUAAUUAAUGAUGAUUAUUUACCUUUCUGUUCUUGGGCUUUUACAAUUUAAAAAAAAAUCUUCUAAAAUUAAUAAAAUAUAAAAAAAACUAUUUUCAAAACCUGUCAAAAUCAACAUUCUUUUAUCUGUUAAAUUUUGAUAACCACAAUUUGCUUUAAAAAAAACGGUCAAUCUACUUUCUCAGCGCCAUACUGAGUUUCUGUGGAGGAUUCUCUCCCCUUUGUUUAGUCGCAGAUUGUUUCUAGAGUUAACUUUUAUCUUUUUUUAUAUUAAUACGUUGAUGUAAUGUUUUGCAUUGAUGUUUUUUUUUUAAAGUUACAGGUAUAUUUUAUAUGGUGGUUAAUUAUAAUAUUUAAAAAUGAGGCUAUUUUGUCUGUGUCAUCGUCUGAUCAUUUUGAAAAAAGGAUUUUGACUUUUAUGGAUAUUUUGUAUUUAAAGUGUAUUCGAUAAAACUGUAAGUUGGGAGAUCAUUAUUUUGAAUACAUGGUUUUAGGGUUCAUGUUAGGUCAAAGGUUUUGGGUUUGAACAUUUUUCGCUCAAGUUUGUGGGGGGACUAAUAUUAAGGGUGAAUUUAUCUUUUGCUUGGAUACUAACUUAGCAUUCAGGUUAGGUAAAGUUGUAGAUUUUAGGGUUGUAGAUUUUAGGUUUGAAGUUUUUUCUAAACAUUUUAUUAAAUUAAAUUUGCAACCUUUUUUGGUUGAUUUGUAAGGUUUUUUAAAAUAGAAAUUUGAGGAAUUUUUCACCUUUUCCAGUUAUUUAUUAAUUUUUAAUAAUAUUAUUUUUAUGCUAUGCAUGUUUAAAAAAAUUCUUUAUUUCAAGGUUUUUCUUAAAAAAUAACCUAUUUUCAUAAAUUCCUUAUUUUCAUUUCUCUUGCUAAAACAACACAUUCUCUCCCUUUCCCCUCCCCAUGUUUUGCAAUAUCUUUUUUUAACAUAAUGCCAACAAAGAUGGCAACUCUGUGGAAAAAAAAAGAAGUGCAAAAACAUGGAGAAAUUAACGGUACAGAGAACUUAAAUUUACCCCCCAAAAAAAACAACAACCUCCCAUGAAGUGUGCUGUUGUUGCAGUUAAUGGCCAUAAAUCAUAAGCUGCCAGUGACCAGAAUGUGAUCUGCAAAUUUGUUAAUUGAUAUUUAUUGCAGAAUACACAACUGUAAAAACACAUCAUUGUCAAAUUUUCUUCUUAGCCACAUUUAUCAAUUUUUGGAAAUGAUGUCCCCCCCUCAUCCCAAGAUAAAAGAAGAUACAAAUAUUUCCCUCCCCUCUGGUUCAUGGAAUCAUGCAAAGCAUUAGCAAGUAGCCUAACCAAUUAUACUGUAUGCAAUUUAUAAGUGUCUUUUAUUUGUUAAAAAGCUAAAAAUUCAAAGUAUAAAUACCGGUAGUCUCUUUUAAAAAGUGACAAUAGUAAUUAGAUCUUUUAGUAAAAAUAAACAACCUAAAACCCGAAGUCUAUUCACAGUUUAACAUUGUUAAUUUUAACUCAAGAUAUCAUGAGUAAUGUAUCUGAUUGAUAAGUAAACACUUAGUAGAAAAUGAUCUGCUGACUAGAAAAUCGAUGAGGUUCCACAUAAAUGUCAUUUCUUGGUCAUGGAGCUCUCAUCUUGAAACUUACUUAUUAGUGAAGGUUUAGAAGUUCCAAGAAUUAAUUGAAAAAAAACAACAGCCUUGCACUGUUAUAUUAAUAAUUAAUUUUAUUUAUUAAGUAUUUUUAGCUGUUUUCCAUAUUCUGAUAGUUUAUUUUGGCCUCCGUUAAUUUUAUUUUGGUAUCUCAACGGAAUUAUUUUUAUUCAGGAGCAGAUGUAAAUCGUAGACAUGGUACUUUGUUGCCCCUACACUGUGCCUGCAUGGUGGGCGAUGCAGAAAUCUUGAGAUUGCUGUUAUUAAAAGGGGCAAGGGUAAGUAUUAAAAUGAAUUUUAAUAAUUAAAUCUUUUACAGAAAUUUUUAAUGUGUUCACAUAGUUGGAUUUUGUUACAAAUUAAAUUUUUAAAAUAUAUUUCUUCCUUUUUUUUUUUUUUUUUUUUUUUUAGGUCAACGAGGUUGAUGGUUAUGAAAGAACAGCUUUACAUUACGCAUCAGAAAGAGAUGAAAUAUGUGUUAGGAUAUUGCUGCAGGUGCUUCAUUUAAACUAAACAAUAAAAUAAUGAAUUAAUGAAUGAUGUUGACAUUUAAAUUCUCAAUUUUCCAUGGCCAGUAUCAUUGCGUUUUUAAACAACCAUUAUUUCCACCAUAUAGAAUUAUAGCUUCAACUGAACAUAGAUUUGCUUGUAACUCUUGCAGCAUGGAGCAGAAAUCAACAAAGGAGAUGGAAAUAAAGACACAGCUCUUCACUGGGCAUCAUAUAAAAAUAAUGUUGGAUGUGCCCAGCUACUGUUGCAAAGAGGGGCAGAUGUGAAUGCUGUUGAUUACAACAACGACACUCCAAUAAGUUGGGCAGCAAGGAAAGGUAAAUACUUCUCAUUGUUUUUAAUUUGAAUUAUAUCCCUUGAUUGGGAGUGGUUUAAAAAGGGAAAAAUUCAUCUUACACUUUGCAUCAUUCCAUAUGACCUGAGCAAUUAUAAAAUACUGAUUCUCUCCCCUUAUCUAUUCACACAUAAAUAAUAAUGACUUUGCUUCCUCCUGGUACUUGUAGUUAAUAUACACCAGGGUUACUCAAUCUUUUUAAUCAGGGGUUCGGUUUACCAUCCCUCAAAACCUCUUGUGAACUGGACUAUAGUUGUUUAAAAAAAUUAAAGAAUGCCUAUGCACACUGCACAUAUCUUAUUUGAAGAACAGAAAAUAAAAAUAAAGAACUAAACGUAAUUUGAAAGCUAUAGUAUUAGUAUUCCAGUGGGAAGCAUGUGUCAGCGUUUUGCUAAAUUGAUGACCUGGUUUCCGUAUUUGCCACUCUUACUCAGGUACCCAUACAGUGGCCAAACAAGCCAGGUUAAGGACCCCUGCUGGGUCUGAUCUGGCCCAUGAGCCAUUGUUUUGUGUACCUCUAUAUAUUUAUGUUAAAAAUAUGAAAUAGUUUUUUUACUGUGUUAUUUUUGUAAAAUUGUUUAAGUUUUUUGGAAGUACAUCAGCAAAAGUUAAGACGGUGAGUUUUAAAUAUUAUGAUCAACCCUUUUGCAGGUCACCAUGAUGGAAUAAAAUUUGUAGUAAAUUUUUAUUAUUAGUAAAUUAUAGUAUUACAGUAAAAUGUGAAAAAAUAUCUAAUAAAAGAUGUGUUGAGUGUAAGUUAUGUUCAUAUAUUUGUCUUCUGAAAAAGAAAUUUAGUUAAUGACAUGACUUAACCAAAAAUUUCAUUUUGCCCCUGGUAAGUUAAGCACACCGUUUGACAGAAAUUCCUUGCAAGGUAAAUAUGAAAGUAUGUUAAAUAAAAAUAUGUACAUGGCACUGUGGUAAAUGUGCUAUUACUUUUUUGAACUUUGACGGUCAUGUUUGUUGUGGCUUGAAAUUCCUUUUAUACUAAAAACCUUCAAAUAUAUGUCAUAUAUAUUGGCAGGGAAUUUGAAGGUGAUAAGAAUACUACUGGACUACAACGCUGAUGUUGACAUACGAAAUGCCAGUGGCAAUACAGCUCUGCAAAGGUCUGCUGCUAUUCAGGUCAGCAGUUUAAGAGGUUUUUCAGAAUCAAUCAAUUCUUGGUUUACUAUAACAUUGAUUAACAAACAAAAAACAUGCAUUCUAGACCAGUCAAUGGGACCUAAUUGGUAUAUAUUAUUAUAUUUUUAAUUAUCAUAAAAAAAUUAAAGGAUUCAAACAGAUGUAUUUGUUGUAAAUUUAUAAUAUAUAUUAUUUUAUUUAUUUAAUUUGACAAAAUUAUUUCUUUAUCAAGGCAAGUGGACUGAACAAUGAUCAAGAUGAUGCAACUUUAGAACUUCUGAUCAAAGCAUCGGGUCAGUUUGACCUCCUUAAUGAUGAGGGCAAACCUGUUCCUGUUAUAGCCAGUGAUAACCGGCUUAGUGAGAUUUUGCGACCUUUCUGUCAGACCGCCAGGUCACUGCUGGAGCUCUGCCGGCGACAGAUCAGAAAAUCAAUGGGAAAAACUUUUCUACCAAAAGUGAUACCCCGACUUCCUGUACCGUCAAGGUUACAAGAGUUUCUCCUGUUGCAUGACAAUAAAGAAAUUCUUUGUGACCUGGAUGACAUGUCGAUAAUACAACUUGGACAAAAUUUGUGACCCCGGCUGUCUUAUAGUCACUUUAAUUUAUUCAUUUAUCAACCAAGAACACUUCAUCGCAUCUUAUCUGUGUACUAUAGUGGAAAAACAAUGAAUAAGGGCCAUCUCACAGUUAAGCCUGUAAACACUGUUGCUGGGAGUGGCUUAAUCUUAGUCUCUGACAUUCUCUAAGGGAUCAGUAAAAUACACAGGUGCUUUAUAUGGAUCUUAUUGUCUUCGUAAACUAAUUUUUUACAUGCUUAAUUUUUCUGUAAUGUGCCAUGUUUAUUUUCAUGAUGGAAACCUGCUUGAAAUCAUGGGGUAGCUAGCAUGCAAUACAUGGGGUAGCUAACAUGCAAUACAUGGGGUAGCUAACAUGCAAUACAUGGGGUAGCUAACAUGCAAUACAUGGGGUAGCUAACAUGCAAUACAUGGGGUAGCUAACAUGCAAUACAUGGGGUAGCUAACAUGCAAUAAACCAGGUGUUUUCUGGAGUUUUUUGACACGGAAGGGGGUCUGUGGGUUGUUAGCUGAUUAAAAAUGCAGUAAACCAGGUGUUUUCUGGAAACUUUUGAGCACAGGGUCUGUAGCUGGGAGACCUCAAAGCUUUGUUGGGGAAGUUAACUAACACAUAGAAAAACCUAGUUGUGUCGUAGGGCUGUGGACAAUGUCAAGAAAUAUCUAAUUGUUUUGUAGAUAAUAUACAUAUAAAUGGAUUUUUAAUAAUAUUACUGUCAAUACAUUGUAAGAUUAUUCCUCAGCCAUGAUGUAGAAAAAAUUGUUGAAGUAUUAUGUUCAAAUACAUGGUUCCCUAAGAGUUUUAUGUUUUGCUAACAAGUAAAAUAACAAUGUAUAUAAAUUUUCAAUUUCAUUGUUAGCCCAAAAUGAAAUUUGAAGAAAGUCAUUUAGCAUUGUCCCUUUACUUACUUACACCACCAGAGAGAGAUUAAAUGGAAAAUAAUUUUAUUCAGCUUUUUUUCGUCACCAUAUCUCCAUAUGGUAUUAAUCAAAUACUCACCUCUUGUUUCUCAUUUCCCCUUUGUUUCUUCUUUUUUCUUAUUCCUAAGAUUUUAUGUAUCCCUAAAUAUUUUGGGCCGUUAAGAUUCUGGACCUUAUGAUUCUGGACCUUAUGAUUCUGGACCUUAUGAUUCUGGACCUUAUGAUUCUGGACCUUAUGAUUCUGGACCUUAUUUUGCACAGUACCAAUAGUUAUAUUUGUAAUUUGUAAUUCUCCUUCCACUUCCCACAACUAAAGAGGUCUCUUAGGAGUUUUUUUUUAUUGUGCUCUGUUUCUUGUCACAUUUUCAUUUCUACUGUUCGCUGAAGAAGUCUCUAAGCUUAUCACCGUCUUUUGAUUCAAGCUUCAACAUACAUUGCUCUACUAUUUCUUUCACAUAAUUUGAAUGCAGUCCUUCAAUUAUUAUCCCUUUACUUAAUGUUUGAUGUAUAUUAUUUAGUAAAAUUCUAACUAUGCCAUUUGUAUUUCUAUCAGAAGUUUGUUAUUUUAUUUUAUAAUGUCAUUGAUGUCAGUUAUUGGGGACCACUAGAUAUUGUCAAGUUUUAAUGUAAAUUAUUUAUUACACUUACACAUAUAGUAAAAAUACACUGAUAAGAUUUAUCCAUAAAUGUUUUUGUUAAUGAAAAUUAAUUAAAAUACUUUAAAAAAUUAAAAAUUGUGAAUGUAGUUUAAAAAGGAUUUAAACAUUUGGGAUUAGACCUAUUGGUAUACAAAGCACAAUAGUAGUUGCUUCUAAAGGUUCAGUGUGUGACAAGUGUUGUAUCCUGCUGAAGAAACUUAAAAAAGACCCCAAAAACCAAGACCCGAUGGAGUAAGAUACUGAUGGAUUUUCUCAACUCAUUGUUGUCUUUAUAACUGAUCCGAUCAAGAAUUUAUUUCCAGUGGGUUGUUGAAAUAAUAUUUAAUCAAGAGGUGCUUGGGUGUGGAAUAUUCUCAAACCUGCUAAUGUUAUAUAUGCCAGCACUUGUGCCAUAAAUAUUUAUGAAUUAUUCUAAUUGUAUGUAUUUGUUUAUUUUAAAUAUAUUUUUUGUCUGACCAUAUUAAAAGGUUAAAUUUCUUUUUAUCACCACCCCCUGUCGC